CACUGUAAACAGGAAAUGUGUGUUUUGCCGGGUUGUGGUGCUGCUGCAGUGAGUCGUCUAAACAGAGAAGCUCGUGUUUUGUUUUUUUUUAAAUCUGCUUCAUGUUUAGGUUUAUUUUAUGCUAACCGUAAAGUUUGUACUAGAAGACUUAGUUAGCUUAAGUGUGCUAUGUGGCUAACGUGAAUCCUUAUAUUAGUGUGCGCCGUUUAGUGGCGGUGUGAUUCAUUUUACCGUUAGUCAACUGUCCGGUUUUAAAUUGCUGAACGCUAAAAACGAGUAGCUGCAUUAAAACAUGAAAUGAUAAAAUUGUAAAACCAUUUAUUUAAAUCUAUAAGCUGAAAUCGCGUCGUGUCCCUAACAUCAACACACAUGCUAAGUAGUGCUAGCAUAGCGGUUACCAAUGGAGACAGGAGACGCCUAAUCAGAUUUAGCUAGUGUUAGCUAGCUUCAAGUUUUAACGCUUCCAGAAGAAAUUGAUCAUGGCAGCCAAACCGAAGGCUAAAACCUCUAAAGGUUCAUUCAAAGAUGAUGAUUUGCUUGACAGCUUAUUUGAUGAUAAAAAAGAACCAACAAGGGGGAAAGCAACUCGCGGAGGACCACCGCAUCGCACAUAUGCCAGUGAUAAUAUUUUUAGUAUGCUAGCAGAGGAGGUAAAGCAGGAUGGUGUGGACUCUGAGGACUCCGAUGUGUCAGCAGCUGAUCCCAAUAUCAUACUGAAGAACAUGAAGGACAUGGAUGAUAUGGAUGCUGACCUUUUCACAUCAAAGAAAAAGCCCCGUUCAGCUCCCGCACAAACAAAGCAGUCUGGUAAUGAAGAGCCAAAGAAAGACUUGGCUGUGUUAGAAAGUAAUGCGAAACCAGAGGGAGCAGAUGAACCCACCAGAGGAGGGAAGAAGCCAAACUCUGCACCUUCAUCCACAACCCGUAACUACAAGAAGUUCACCUUCUCUGACAGUGGUGAUGGUGGUGAUGAUGAAGGUGUUGAUCAGACACCUUACACUAAAGAUCUGGAUGACCCUCUGUCUGACCCACUCGAUGACUUGCUGCCAGAUGAAACGAAGCCUGAAUCUAAAUCCAGCCAAGCCAAACCUGAAAAAUCUGUGCCAUCUCCUUCAGCAUCUCCCAUUGUAAAGAAGGAAACAACUAAGGCAGCAAAGAAGGGUGAGAUCACAUUAGAUGAUGAGGAUGACUUCAUGGGUGCACUCGGGGUUGAUAGUGAUAAAAGCAAUCCCAAGAAAAAAGAGUCUUCGCUUUGGUCUACCAAGGAAAGGAGUGAAGCCCCUCAGAGAAGCGCCCCUCGCACUAGAAUCACUGAGAUUCUAGAAAGUUUGACCUCACCACAGCUGCUGGAGCGGCCACCCACGGGUGAGAGGAAAGAGCAGCUGCAGUCUCAAGAGAAGCAGCAACAGGAGAAGACUGCAAAAGAGGCACUUGUAGAAGAUGACCUGACAUUCGGGGCCUAUCAGCCAACUCUAGGAUCCACUCCUGAAGGGCGUCACUCACGCAGACAGUCUGUCAGAUUUUCUACAGAGGAUGUCAGCGCAUCGACUCCAGAAAAGAAACCAAAACCCACCACCCCAACCUCCAUUCGACACCGCAACUCAGCCGACUGGCUUGGCCUCAAGCCUAACGAUGAACCAAACUACCUAGAGGAUGGUCCCAAAGAGACCAAGAUUGCAGCAGAGUCUCCAAAAGCCCCCUCUUCUCCUGUGUUGGAGAGAAAGUCGUCUUUGACUGGUAGUCAGACCACAUUUGCUGCAAAAAUGUCAGGAGAUGCCCCACUCCCAACUGAUAGUAGCUCCAAACACAUCAAGUCAGAAUUUUCCAAAAGGCAGAGGAAAGAAGAGGAAGAGGAUGACUGGUUAGCUGGGGCACUGAGCAGGAAGAAGGCUUUUUCAUCAUCUAGCACAGGGGCAACAACUUUAAAGCAGGAAGACUCCUUAGACCUGAGAGAAAAAGUGGAUCUUGAGUCAACUGUUAGUCAUCAAGUCACACCACAAACUCCCGGAGGCAAAGAAGACACCGUUUCAUCUGUCAAGGAAACUAGUAGCACCUUUUUCGGACAACCCAGCCCUGCUGCUCAUUCCACCCCGGUCAGAGAGGAGAGGCAAAAGCAAGAUGCUCAACUUACUGAUCCCUUGCAAGUCCCUGCACCUAGCAUUAGUCACCCCCAGCCCCACUCCAAACCCCACCACUUUCCAUCCAGUAGGGGAUCCGGGGUGCAAAGAGAGCCCAGACAGGCUUCAGAUGAAACCCUGCAACAGCUGCCAUUGCCCAGCCCCUUGACGUCUGUACUACCCGGCACAGUGUGGUUUCCACAACAAAACCAAAUGCAGAACACAUCAGCUGCAGUCCAACAACAGCCGGCAUUUUCAGCAGACAGUUUGCAGCAACUGCUCCUACAACAGCAGAUGAUGCAGACUCAGCUGCUGGGUCUGGGGGGUUUGCAGAAAACUGGAGAUUAUCAAACAUUACAGGCUCACAUCAUCCAGUUGGAGGGACAGGUGAAGACGCUGCAGCUGGAGCGAGACCAGAGCCAAAUGAUGUUAGAGAAUUUUCAGCAGCGGCAUAAACAGGAUAUGGAACUCGUUGAGAACACACACAAGGCUCGGGUGAAGCUGCUCGAAGAUUCAGCAGCCCAGAGGGAGGCACGAGCGCAACACGAGUGUGAAGAUCUAAUGGAACGCCUGACCACAGUAACACGAUCGGCUGAGCAGGAGCGCUCGGAGCUGCAGGCUCAGUACCAGAGAAAACUGGCCCAAGCCCAGCAGGACAGAGACCGCGAGGUGGAGAGACUCAGAGAUCUGCAGAGAAAAUCUAUCUUAGAGAUGAAGAAAGACCACGAGGAUCAGGUCCACAGACUGAAGAGGCUAAAGGACGAAGAGAUUGACGCUGUCACAAGUGCAACAUCUCAAACCAGGUCUCUGGCAGGAGUGAUCGAGCAGAUGGAGCAGUUCUCCUCUCGGCUUGGAGAGCUUUCUUCUCGGGUGGAGAGCACACAUGAACACACUGCUCAUGGCUUAGAGCAAGGGGCACGGCACAGAGACGAGCAGCUUCGAACAAUGCAGGACCGUCUGACGCAACAGCAGAAAUCCAUGGCAGAGGAGAGAACGUAUCUCAAGGAAAUUAUUGCCAGGAUGGACAUUCAGCUCAAUGAGCAGCAGAGACAGCUUGAGAAGGAGCGCUGGAAGAUGACAGCAGAGCAGGCCAAAGCAGAGUCUACCCUCAAAAGCCUGGAGGAAGAGCGCCGUGUCCUUAGCAUGCAGAUCAGCAUCGAGAGAGAGGAGCUGGAAAGGGCCAAGAGUGCACUGCUGGAGGAGCAGAAAACCGUAAUGCAGCACUGUGCAGAUGAGAGGAGGAAGCUGGCAGCCGAGUGGGCCCACUUCCACGCCCAGGAGAAGCAGAGGCAUGAGAGGGCUGAACGGGAGGUCAGCAGUCUCAUAGAGAAGAGAGAAGGGUCCAUCAUCAGUCUGGCACAGGAGCAAGCUGACCUGAAGCUUCGUACAGCGGAACUAAAACAGAAGGAGAUGACUGUUGCACAGGAGCGAGAGACUCUGGAGAGACUAAGAGAAGAGCUGGACAGAGAGAAAGAGAGAAUAAGUAGCACAGCUCUGAGACUCAAAACAAAAGCCCAGGAGGUCGAGGCCUUCAGCAAGCUCGCCGCAGAUAAGUAUGAGGAGGGAGAACGAGCGCUGCAGGAGGCAAAACGUGUAGAGGCUGAGCACGAGGCCCGACUCAGAAGUAUUCAUUCCCAAACAGAGCAACUGAGGCAGCAAGAGCAACGAAUCCUAAAGGAACGAAUGAGGUUAAGUCAUCUGCAGAAGGACACAGAAAGGCUGAGACAGAACCCUUCCAUUAUACCUUUGCCACAAGUUUUUCCACCAACUUUACCAGAUCCAGUUUCAGUGUUGCCUGACUCUGAGCUGACAGCAGCCCUGAGUGUUCCUCCUCCUACUUCCUUUGCCAACACUCCGUCCAUGGCACUUCAAGCCAGUCUGGCCCUGUGGAAGUAUACUGCAGAGAAGGACCGUGAAUACCUCCAAGAGGAGCAGAUUUUCCUAGAUAAUCUGAAGAAGAAAUCUUACAGGUCACCGUUCAACACAGACUGAGCCCUCCCAGCAGGACUCCCGUUACCUCUUGUGUAAAUGCUUGAAUUUUAUACAUACAGUUUAAUAAACAUGCUUCUGAUCAAA